GUUUUGCUCUAAAACCAGGAUAGUUGGUGAUAGUUGUGAUUAAUAGAUUGAUACUUUGCCAUAUUUUUUAUAAUUAUUAUAAAUUAAGUUUAUUAUGUCUUCGAAGCGUGCGACGAAUUUUACAAAAAGCGAAGAAGAUUUGUUAAUAAGAUUGGUUUUGACCGAAAAGAAUAUACUCGAAAAUAAAAAGACUGAUGCAAUUACCGCCAAAAAGAAGGCUGCAACUUGGGAGAAGGUAGCAUAUAAAUUUAACGCAUCAUCGGAGAACCCGAAUCGAACAGCAAAAAUUCUGAAGGAGAAGUAUACCAACAUCAAGCGAUUGGUUCGACGACGAAGAGUCGAAGUCUAUAAAAAUAUAUUUUUAAACGAAGACAAGCUACCUCCAGCAGAAAGCACAGAAGAAGUGAGUCCUGUAUUUCUAACUCGAAAUAAUGGAAUAGAUACGAGUGUGGAUGAGUUGUCAGCUAGAAUUGAUGACAAUGCAAUGGUAGAUGAACAACAUUCUGACGCUGAUACAGAAUUCUUAAAAAAACAAAUUUUGGAAGAGCAACUUCAGCACGCACGUCUCGAGCAUGAACAAAAAAUGAGGCAAACCGAGAUUCAAAUUAUGCAAUCAAAAGAACUCCAUGAAAUGCAAAUGAAAAUUUUAAAAAUGGAGCUGAAAAUAAAAACAUCACAAUUGCCUUAAAUAAUAAAUAUGCAAAAUAAUGCAGAUAUUGAUUUAUAAAACAAACUUCGGAAGAGCAACUUCAGUACGCUUGGCUCGAGCGUGGUCAAAAUUUAAGACAAAUUGAAAUUGACAUGAUGCAAUCGAAAGAAG